AUGCUCCUUUUGUUUUUGUGUUUUCUAUCUAACUUAUUUCUAUGUCAUGCCCAAAAACAAGAUUGGCCUUUGUUUCAUAGUGAAUGUGGUGAUGGAAUUGUUCUUGAAUUGAAUGAGAAUCUCAUCCUUUGUGGUGUUACUUCAACUAAAAUAUCUGUCUCUGCAAUAUCAAAUGGGUUUAUUCAAAAAAUUUCAUCGGCUUUCACUCAAGAAACAUCAUCUGCUUGUACGUCUUCUCAAUCCAAAGGACAAUGGUUUUUUGUUGAAGGAGCUAAUUUAAAUAUUAAAUUUGAUACUUGCUCUUCAAUUACUGAUUAUCCAACUUCUAUAUACAUUCUUCAAAUUGAUAAAAAACAAUAUGUUGAUGGACUGGAAAUUGAUAUUACAGAUAUGGAUUGUAUUACUGAUACAAAAUGCCUCCAAGCAAGUUAUACUGGUUGUCCAAACAAUAACAAUUUAGCUUCUACUGUAAUAGCCAUGGACAACACUCAUGAUUACUUUAUUCAUGUAGUCCAACAAUCACCAUUAGGAUCUGAGUAUAUUAUAUCUGCAUCAGUUGUUUGUCCAAUGAAUUGUGGAGGAAAUGGAGUUUGUGAUAUUCACACAGGAACAUGUACUUGUAAACCUGGAUAUACAUUAAAUUCUGGUAUUUGUUCAUUAUGUGGGAAUGGGGUAUAUGAUGUUGGAGAAGAUUGUGAUCCAUCGGUAUCAUCUGACCCUUUAUGUGAUUCCUCAUCUUGUUAUUGUAAAUUAGGAUAUUCUUCUUUCUCAGUUGCAGGUAAAACAAAAUGUGCACCUCCUUCUUGUGGAAAUGGAGUCCUUGAUCCUUUAGAAGAAUGUGAUGGAGGAGAAGGAUGUGGAUCAAAUUGUCUUUGUGGGGAUGGUUAUGUUCCAUACAAUGAAUUAAGAACCUAUUGUCUUUCAAAUUUAUGUGGAAAUGGUGAAAUAGAUGAAGGAGAAAAAUGUGAUGGAGGUGAUGGGUGUUAUCAAUGUGAAUGUCAAAGUGGUUGGUAUUCACAUGGUACUGUUUCAUGUAGAAAAGUUUCUGUAUGGUUAUACUGGGUAUUAUAUCUAGUAACGAUAAUUAUCUUAUAUUGGAUAUUCUUAAUUAUUACUGGAUUCUUCAUUGGAUUAUUGUAUCACCGUUUAAAUAAAAUAAUCAAAAGUGACUUAGAGAAUUUAGACCUCAUAGAAUCUAAGAUGCAAGUUUUUGAUAAUCAAGUUAUUCCAUUUGAUUCUUCUAAUUCUCAAUUUAUAGAUGCUACAAUAAGUAAUCCAUUAUUUUCUUUUAAUCCGUAUAAAGUUACAUUUGAUGAUUGUGGAGAUAUCCCUGAUGUAGAUGAUCCUGUUGUUACAGUUGUCACAUUAACAAAUCUAAGAGAUGAAAACUUACAUUUCAUUUUUCAUGGAGAGGAUAAUGAAAAGUAUAAAUUGGCAUUUAAACCAACCACAGGUAUUAUUAAAAAGAAUAAAUCUAUUGAUAUUGAAAUACAUUUAUUAGUUAAAUGCACUUGUAUUCUUCGAUGUAAGAUUCCUGUAACAUUAAGAUAUGGACAAGCAAAAGAUGUAAUCAAAGAUCUUCAAAUAAAUAAUCCUGAAUUAAUUGAAAACAACUUACAAAAUUCACAAAAGUCUGGUGAAUUUGAUAAUAAAUCAAAUCCAUCAAGUAAACAAUCUUCAACUAUUCAUUCUAGUGUAUCGAAUUCAUCAACAAAGAAAAAGAAGAAUAACAAAAAUAUUAAUAAAUUUUAUACUUUCUUAACAUUUGAAAUAUCUUCAGGGCUAUCUACAAAACUAGAUUAUGAUGAAAUUGUAUUACAACCACCAAGUAUUGGUGAAGGUACAUUUGGAGUUGUUUAUAAAGGAAUUUGGAGAAGUGUUGAUGUAGCAGUAAAACAAUUAAAAACACAAGGGGUAAGUGAUGUAGAUAAACUAGUAACUAUGUUUACUAGAGAAGCAGAACUUCUUGAAAAGAUUAGAUGCCCUUAUAUUGUUAGUUUUAUUGGUUGUGUUACUAACAAAGAACACCUUUGUUUAUUGACUGAAUUUUGUCCAUUAGGCUCAUUAAGAAAAAUUCUUAAAAAGAGAGAUGAUUUAAAUGAACAAGUAAAAAUUAGAAUAUGUCAAGACAUAUCAAAAGGAAUGGAAUAUCUACAUAUUAAUGAUAUUCUUCAUUCUGACCUUAAAACUGAUAAUGUCUUAAUGGUAUCAUUAAAUCCACAUGACUCUGUACUAUGUAAAGUUAGCGAUUUUGGUACAUCAAGAUGUUUUGUAGAAUCUUCAAAAGGUCUUGGAAUUAAAGAUAUUGGAACUCCUGUAUAUAUGGCUCCAGAAGUCCAUCAAUCAGAACAAAUUACAUUAAAAUCUGAUGUUUAUUCAUUUGCUAUUUGCAUGUUAGAAAUAUGGAACAAUGGAAGUUUGUAUGAUGAACAACAUUUUCCAGAUGUAGAUUCUAUUCUUCGUUUUGUUUGUGCUGGAAAAAGACUUGAAAUUCCACAAGAGUGUCCAUAUAAAGGAUUAAUUCAAAGGUGUUGGAACCAAGUUCCACAAGAACGUCCACAAUUUAAAGAGAUUUCUCUGAUUCUUGAUACUUAUAGUCAUCAAGAUGAGUUUUCUGCUGAAGGGUCUAUUAAUUCUCGUUCUGAAUCACCAACAACACCUUCAUUUAUUCAUAAAUCACAAACACCAGUUAAAGCUGGUAUUGUUAUGAGUAAAAAAAAGUUAUCUUUUAAUCCAAAUGGAUUAAUAGGAACAUUAACAAAAAGUCCAAGAGAAAAUAAAAAUAAUCCUUCAUCUUUACAAAAAUCUCCUUCAAUAAGAAGUCUAAAAAGAGACUUUCCUAAAAGUGCUUUUACUUCAUCUUCUGCUUUAAUUCCUACAACUGUUUUAAGUCCACAAGAAAUAAAAGUUGAAACACAAAACGCUUAUCCUCUUUGUCCUAGUGCGGAUAUAAGACUUCAUAAAAAUUUAACUACUCAAAGUAUGCAAAGACUAAGUGCUUCUCCUACUUAUAAUAUUAUUGACCUUGAUCCUUAUGAAAAACAUCCUCUAGAAGAAAUUCUUAAUCCAGAAUUACUUACAACAGAACAACAAAAACAUGGAAAAUUUAAGUUAUGUUCAACAGUAUCUUCUACCAAACUACAAAGUGCCACCCCCACUUUCAAUGAAAAUCAAAAUUCUCCAAAAACGCCGAAGGGACAAAAACACAGUAUUAUCACUACUCAGUCUAUAAAAACUAGUAUUUCUGAAAAUCAAACUCCAAGAAAUACUGAACAAAAAGGAGUAAAUUUAAAAGAAGAUAUAAUAACACCUGAGAAUUAA